AUGUCGGACAUAUUUUGCCGCGACUGUAACAUGCUGACGGAGGUUGUGUUCGACCACUCAGCGGGCGACACGAUAUGCUCGGAGUGCGGGCUCGUGCUGGAGUCUCGCUCCGUCGACGAGACUUCCGAGUGGCGCUCCUUCGCCGACGAGUCCAACGGCAACGACCCGAACCGGGUCGGCGGACCUGUUAACCCGCUUUUGGCCGACGGUGGGCUUUCCACCGUUAUCGCAGGUCCCAGUAACGGCGCUUCCUCCAAUGCCUUGCCGUCCUCCGUCGGCAGGUGGCAGAGCCGCGCCUCUAAACCCGACCGUCAUCUUCUCAACAUCUUCAGUGCUAUUGCUAUUAUGGCCGACAGGUUGGGGCUUGUCACAACCAUAAAGGAUCGAGCCAAUGAGAUAUAUAAGAAGGUGGAAGAUCAAAGACCUCUGAGAGGACGCAAUCAAGAUGCAGUUGUGGCUGCUUGCCUCUACAUUGCCUGCAGACAAGAAAAUAAGCCUCGUACUGUGAAAGAAAUAUGCUCCGCAGUCAGUGGAGCUAGCAAGAAAGAAAUUGGGCGGGCCAAAGAGUUCAUUUGGAAACACCUUGAGGUUGAGAUAGGUCAGGAAAUAGGAACUAUUCAUGCUGGAGACUAUCUGAGACGUUUUUGCUCCAAUCUUGGAAUGAAGAAUCUGGAAGUCAAGGCUGCCCAAGAAACUGUGCAGAAAUCUGAAGACCUUGUCAUAAGGAGGAGCCCGAUAUCGGUGGCAGCUGCAGUUAUAUACAUCAUAACCCAACUAUCGGAUGACAAAAGGACUUUUAAAGAUAUUUCGCUUGCUACUAGAGUGGCUGAAGGGACAAUCAAGAAUUCCUACAAAGACUUGUAUCCUCAUCUGCCACGGCUAAUACCGAACUGGUUUGCCAAGGAGGAAGAUGUCAAGAAUCUCUGCAACUAA